ACUCCAAAAAAAUAUUUACCCCCUUUCCUCAUCCCCAUUCCCUCCCCGUUGAAAAAAGCCCUGCCCCCAAAUUUUUGCACACCCCCCUUUCCCUCCCUGAUGCGACUCGUCGAAGAAAAGCGCCGCCCUCUUCCCCUUCGCCCUCCUCCCCGUCGCCCUCUUCCCCGUCGCCCUCCUCCCCGUCGCUGGAAGCUUCUUCCCCGUCGCCCUCCACCCCUCUCAGCGGCCGUCGCCAACCAUCUCCCUUCGACGAACCCAACUCACCGGCGCCAACCCUCCACCCGCCAACCGGAGCCAGAGCCGCGGACUUGUCC